AACUGUAUUAUUGGGAGUUUCCAGCUGCAAGUGUGAAACUAAUUAGGUUGUCAACUGAUAAAAACAAAAUCAAAUAGGUUCUUAUUGCUGCACUAUGCAACGAAGAAAAAGGUCCAAACAAGUGGGGCCAUAGAGGUCACGUAACAGCAGUAGCGUGAAUUGGAAUAACUGAAUAGGUGAAUGAAUAAUAAACACGUACGGAUACGACAUACAGAGCAGGCAGCAAAACUCCUAGUGCAAGCUAAGCUUGUUUUCCUUAAUAUGCCAUUUAAAACACUAUCCUAAGCUGCAAUUUUCUUUUUCUCCACAUAUUCUGGGAUUCUCUCAUAUUUCUUUUUCUGACCAGGUACCCAUCUGCACUUUUGCCUUCCUACCUUGUAGAUUUUCCGACCUUUUUAGCUACAGAUCCUGAGGCGUAUCCAACAUAGGUAAUCUAACUACCCCUCCCAACUCUAACUUUCGAUUAAGUCCCAUGAACAGUAAAAAGGCCAAGUUAGACACAAAGUGCUAAAGGGAAGAAAACAUGCACCUCGCCUUAGGCUAUAUGCUUAUCUUUCUAAUCUAGUUUAAUCUUAUACUAGUAUUAACUACUAAGCAUCCCCUAAAGCCUUCAGAUUUGAACUCUGCAACAUACAACAGAACCUUUUCUCUCAUAUACUUUUCCCUUCCUUUUGCUGCACCUUUGUCUUGCUUGCUGAACCUUUCCUCAUUUCUCAAGUUUUCUGGUAUUCUCUUCCACCUCCCUCCAAAUUCUCCUCCUUUUCAUCUAUUAUCUACCAUCCAAGGAAGCUCUGAUUCUUUUCUCAGUUUUAUUGUACAUAACAUAUGCAAGCAUGAUAUUUAAGCUCUUCUUCGCCUCAACGCCAUUGGCCCUUCUCCUAACUUCUUCAUCAUUCUUCUUGUUAACUAACAAGGAUAUCAGAAACUCACCUCAAAGAAAGCAGCAGGUCUGCCACAUGGGUUUUUGGCUUGUUCAAUCUUCUGUCAUCACUCUGCUGUAUCUGCUCCUAAUGUCAGGAGCUAGUGUUGCAGAGCCGCCACCCCUAGAAGCAAUCGAGGAAACCGACCUACUAGAGAAUCAAGAAUACCAGCACCAACUGUUCUCAUCCUCUUCCCUGUCCACCAGCCAUCUAGACUCAACUGGAGGGGAUGUUCCUAUCGUCAACCCAACAAGUCCAGGAACAGGAGGAGGUGGAGUUGGUGUUCCCAUCGUCAACCCAACAAGUCCUGGUACGACGCCAUAUGGGAAUCCCACCAACUCUCCGCCAACAACGCCCUUUGGCAAUCCUACAGACUCACCUCCAACACCAACUACGAUCCCCACCACAACGCCUCCAGCCCCUCCUAUGUCAGGAAACCAGCAACCCACAGCUCCAACAGGAUCAGGAGGAGGAGGUGGUGGUGGUGGUGGUGGUGGUGGAGGAGGAGGAGGAGGAGGAGGAGGGGGGCAGUGGUGUAUAGCGAGCCCGUCUGCUUCAGAAACUGCAUUGCAGGUGGCACUUGAUUAUGCUUGCGGUUAUGGAGGAGCAGAUUGCUCGGCGAUUCAGUCGGGAGCGAGUUGUUACAACCCAAACACUCUCAGAGAUCAUGCUUCUUAUGCCUUUAAUGACUACUACCAGAAGAAUCCAUCUCCUACCAGCUGCGCUUUUGGUGGAGCUGCACAACUCACUAGCACUGACCCAAGUGUAACGGGAGCUGUCGCUUUUCAUCAUCCAAGGGCCAGCCCAGCAUGAGUCCUCCAGCGAAUCCACCACCAACAUUUAUGCCCCCAACUACUAUGAGUCCGCCAACAACGACGAUGCCUGGUACUGGAGGGCCACCAGCAGGGUUCGGAGGGCCACCAGGAGGAUUCGGUGGGCCACCAACAACAUUCGGUGUAGCAGAGCCAACAGGUCUUCCCAGCACUGCAACCUCCUUUCCAUCAAACCUAUUGAUCCACUUUUCAGUAACUGGCAUUCUUGGGUCUUUCAUCCUCACAAACCAUCUGUGAAAGCUUCAAGAAGUCUCUGAAUACUCCCACCUUCAGUUGGCAUUUUAUUUGCCUGUGAUGGUUCAUCAAAUUUGGAAGCAAAGCAAGGAAGAAACAAGAAAACCAGGAUUCAUCGCCUGGAAAUUAUUUAUAAUGUCUCCAAUCUAAGAUUGUUAGUCAAUGACCGGAAAGAAGGGAGAUUAUGAGGAAAGCAAUAGAACAUUGUAGCUACUUAUACUUAUAGACACAGAGCUCCUAGUGCUAGAAUAAUAAAAUUUAUCCAAGCUCGGAUGUUUAGAAUUGCUUGUCAUUAGCUAGACCAAUAGUAGAUAUGUGAAAGACAGCUGAAAAAUUCAAAAACAUAAUCGUUCUGUAGUGCGCUCAAGAUACUUGGACAUAAUGGAUUGCCUACACGGGGGACCAUGGUGCUAACCAACUUCAUACUAACUUACUAAAUUAACAUAAACAUACACAUAAAUUUGUCAUGACUGUAACAUCAAGCC